UUGAGUCAAAACUAGCUGACUCAUAUUCACGAAAAAAAUUAAGAAAUAAAAGAAUGGAACCGCGAAGAAAAAGAUUACAGAUUCACCUUGUAUGCCACCCAACUGCCUCGUGAACUUUUCUCCGGCCCGGUGAACUCAAAUCAGGGAAAUAAUAGAUCCUGACUAGCGCUAUCUGCAGGCUAAUUAACGUUAGUAUGUCUGAGAGCAGAGCGGUUCCGAGCGGGAAGGUGUACCGUCAGCUGUUUGAUGCUCAGGUUCAGCUCUCCAGGUCUCUGCUGGCCGGACGGAAAGACACCAGGACAGACUGUCUCUCUGCUGAAGACAGUAACACACGCUGCAGUACAACCAGCAGGUUGUUGUGCCCUCCUCCAGUCAGGGGACAGAAAGGGGAUGAUGCUGAUGAAGUUGACGAUGUCAGCCAACUUCCUGACUCUGUGUAUGAAACUCAGGUGAGGACUGUAAGUGUGGAGCUUCUGUCCUCUCUGCAGGGAUUGAACUUCCAUUUAGACACCUUGAAGGACAAAAUGAAAUACCUGGAACACCAGAAACAAGCCCUGCAGGAUGUGUAUGGUCUCUGGGAGGAGGUAGAGGAGGAAGUGAAGAAAAAGAAGCUUAGAAUAAAGGGGCUAAACAAGAAACUGACUGAAGCUGAGAGUCAACGAACAGACCAGAUCAGAGUUGUCCUGCAGAAGUACUCCCCAUUGCUGGAGAAGAUAAGCUUCCUGCCUCCAUCUGAUGUCUACAGACUGAUCCACAAUGAAGCCACAAUGUUAAAUCAGUCUUUGCUGGCGAAUCGUCGUAGCGUGGCUCGACUGCUGCUGCUCCUCCGAGAGGAGACCCUGCAGCAGGAGUCACUCCUCUGUCUGCACUGGGAGGACUGUCUGAGCCGCUGGAGGAGCAACACAGUCAGCGAGGUUAUAGGCCAAUAUAGGAGUCUCUGUUGCAGUGAUACGGAUCAGGAGCCACUCUUGGUCAGGCAGGCGGUUCAGAAGAUGAAACAAACUCAACAAGAACUGACAGCAAAACGCUGUGACAUCAUCAACAGCAUCUGCACCCUGGUCCCGCCCUCCUGCUCCAUUUCUCUGGUCUCUGAUUGGUUCAAUCAUCUGACAGCUGUCAAUCAACAGAUUGAGCGGUUUAAUACUGACUUCCUCCAUGAGCUACGUUGUUGUUAUGACCAGACUCGGCAGGAUCGACUGGCUGACAUGGAGCGCUGUAAGAAGGAGAUCUUAACUUUUCAGCUGUCAGAGGAGGAAGUGAAUGAUGUUGUAAGCUCUCAACUGCUCCCUCUAAUUGGUCAAAGCCAGAGUCAGUAUGAAGAACGUCUUGCUGCUUAUGAUGUAUGUUGUGAGCUUGUGUCCAAUCACGCUCACAUUCUCAGCAAGUGUGUGUUUGUUCUGAUGAGGGGAGCAACAUUGCUAUGGGAGGCACACAGCAGCAGGUUGAAGACAAGAGAAGAAGAAGUACAGCAACACUUGGAUGACCUCAGAGAGUCACAGCAGCAUUACAUACAGAAGAAGAAGGUGCGUCUGGAUGUCCUGCUGGGUGUACUACGUCAGGAGGGCAAUGAAGACUCUUUGAAGAUGUCUCUUGACAAAGCUGUCUUCUGCCUGAAGGAAGUCCAAGAGAGCUGCAGAGACUGGGUCUCAGAUCAGUGUCAGCUGUUGGAUCGUCUCCCUUCUCUCCUCCUGGAGGAGCUAUUCUCCUAUAGCUCCAGCCUCAGCUUAUUCUACCACCUCAACCACACCUACAGACCGGUAACCAUGGCAAUUGCAUCUCACACACACCUACACCUUCUGCUAACUAAAAGUCCAGAAGAGCUUCAGAAACUCCACCCAUCAUUAACCAACCCAGCUGACCAUGAAUAUAGUCAGGGUGCUGAAAUACAAAAACCAAAUGAGAUGAUAAAGAAUCAUCAAAUCAGCUGUCAGAUUGUCACAGAUCCUGACCAGUCGUCUCAGUAUAUGCUGCCAGAGGAUGAGUCCUGUCUGGAGGAUCUCUGUGACAUGAGCAAUAUUGUCACAUUUGCAUCAUCAAGGGGUGUAUCCUAUAGUGGACCCAUCUUCACAUGUCCCGCCCCUGAUCUUUCAGAAUACCUGCAGCAGGAAACACACCUGCCCAUGUUUCCUGUAGAGCUACUCCCACACACACUUAACAGGAUGCGGAUUCUCUUCUUGGAAAACCUGGAGCAGCAUUUUCAUGAUGUCCUAAGCUCAGCAGUUACCAUGGUCACACACAGGAAGGAGGUGUUGCAUUGUGAGCAGGAGUUCCAACUGCAGCAGCUGAAUCGCCAACAUAUCCAGACCCACAUAUACCAACCACGCCUGGCUGAGCUGCAGCUCCACAGACAGCGUGUGGAUGUUCACUGUGAGGAGGUGUCUGACGUGUUGGCCUCCUGCAGGACAGAGCUGCAUGACCUGCAAACUUCCAUUAACAGGAAGAACAAGGAGUUCACUACCACAGUGUCCAACAUGGAGGACGACAUCAUGACAGCUGAGAGCAGCCAACGUCUGGACGCUGUGAGCUCUGCCCUGCAGGACUGUCUGGAUCAACAUAUUAAAGACACCCAGCACUGUCAGACCACAUUCAGAAAGACUGUUCAGAUAAGACUGGAGGAGGUCAGGCAAAAAAUAACACAACUCCUCAACUCUUUCAGGUUGUUCAGUGAGGCAGGUGAUUUUGCUCCUGAAGAGGUGAAGUUGUUUCAGCAGAGACUGAAGGGGGAAACCAAAAAGAUUACUUUGGCUGAGGAGUCCAUCCACUCUGAUCUGGAGGGGUUUGAGUCCAAGAGUUUACUACAGGUAAAGGAUGUGUCUGGUCGUUUUGAGGAGAUACUCUCCCUCCUGAAGUCUGAGGUGACGUUCAUGGAGAAGAUCAAGAAAAUUAUCAGCAGCACACAAGUUAACAUCAAGGCAGAGGCAGCCAGCAGUAACCAGCAGCAAGCAGCCAUACUCAGCAGGUUGGAAGAUCUGAGGAGGAUGGUGGAGAACACACAGCAGGUGUCUUCAGAUAAGGUGUGUUCGUUCCUGUCAUCAGUCAGUGAAGAAUUCAGGAAGCGCUGUCAGUACCUGGACUUUUCACUGGAUCACACCUGGGAGAGUCUCCCACCUCGGCCCAAGUCCACGAAGCGGGUUUGCUCAGCCCAACCUUCUGGUUUACUGCAGCCGAGCAGGAAAGCUGUUGACCUUCUCAAUGACCCUGUUGUAGGCAUCAUCAAAUCCUUAAAUAGGUUGCGUAUAAACCAGGAUCUUCCAGCAGAAGCAGCAGAGAGAGAGGAGGGAGGAAGAGCAGCUUCUGGUCAGAGUUCUGUCCAACGUCUACAACAGAAAUGUACUGGGUCCGUAAGCAACCUAAGUGUGGGGAGAGGCUACAGGCCCAUCAGGUCUGACAGGAGGCUUCAGGUUUUUGGACCAAAACCAGAUCCAGAACAGACCACACACUCUUUGAGCUCUGCAGUUAACUCUGUGUUAUGGAAAGCCAAUGAUGUCAUCCUGCUGGUUGCUGAGGACUUCUACCGGAGCAAGCGGGGCAGCAGAUUUCUCCUGGUUCCUGAAAGUUUUGAUCAAUGGGCUGAGGGUAUGCAGCAGAGGCUGCUGGGAUACCAGGAACAGGCCAGGAAGCUUAUCAGCACAAGCAGAGAGGAGUUGGUGAACCAGCUCUCUAUGUUGGAAGAGAUUCUCAAUUUGUUAUCCAAAGUUUUGAUCAGCAACCAUGUGCAACAGCACGAGGCAGGGCUUAGAAAUGAAGUGGGAAGAGUCCGAAUAAAGCUGGAGCAGACCCUGUUAGCCAGUGAAAAGGAAAAGCGUGAAAACGUCCGUCACCUGAGAGUUUCUCUGAGAGACGAUGAGCUUCAGACUCUGAACCGCAGUGAGGACCUCAGACAGCAGCAGCUCCAAAGCGCCAUUUGUUCAGCACACCUUCAACUACAGGAGUGUGUAAGAGCCAGAGGGGAGGAGUUUGUGAAAUCACUGGCUUCUCUGACAGACAGUCUGCUCCAUCAGCUGGACAACCUGUUUACAGCUGCAGAUACAGAGGCAGCGCCGAUACACCAGCACUCUGAAGAAAGCAAUGUAACCUUGGAGACAGGAGAUGAAACAGGACAGAAACUUUGCUCAGAGGGCAGGACUGUCUCUGGUACCCCAUACCUGAUGCCUCCUACUGACAGCACAGCUGACCCGCCAAGUGCUACCAUAGCAACAACAGCAUCCAUCAGCACAACCAGGUGCACCUCCGUGCAUGUAGCUGUUAUUGAGCUGAGAGAUGUCGCUGUGAAGAGGCUUGAGCAGCUGUUAAAGUCGGAGUCAUCAUGUUCAGACGACGACAAAGGAAGACAACUGAGUGAACUACAGAGGUGGAGCACACAAUGGAAACAGCAGAUACACAGUCUAAAACACACACAUUGACACUUGGAAGCAGCCAUAAGAACAUCUGAACUCCACUAUACACACAAACUUCUCUUAAUGAUUAAACACGUCAGCCACAUGUCUGCUGACAAUUUGGAUGUCUUGUUAUUCCUCACGGUUUUAAUAACUUGUGAUAAAACACAAGUAACUUUACUGAAGUAUACAUGCAGGAUGUGGAGGAGGAAGCUGGAGAAGUUGGAUGAGGAAUAAUUUAGUGUUUCAAUGUUGAAGAUUUACACUGUGAACACAUCAACAUAGUAAACAUGAAAGGAUGUCUCCUCUGGGCUGUUUAUGUGGAACUUCAUCACUUGUUACCUUUGCAUCAGCUACUCCAUGUGUCUACUCUUUUCUCUUGAAGAUGUU